AUGGGUGUUCCAAAAUUUUAUCGAUGGAUUAGCGAGCGUUAUCCAUGCUUAAGUGAAGUGGUUCGGGAUGAACAGAUUCCAGAAUUUGAUAAUUUAUAUUUGGAUAUGAAUGGAAUAAUACAUGGUUGUUCUCAUCCGGACGAUGAGAAUCUUGUUUCGUUUCGAAUUUCCGAGGAGCAAAUAUUUCGUGAUAUUUUCAAUUAUAUUGAUUUCCUUUUUGGCAUAAUUAAGCCGAAAAAAGUAUUUUUUAUGGCUGUCGAUGGCGUGGCACCACGUGCUAAGAUGAAUCAACAAAGAGCACGACGUUUUAUGUCCGCGAAAAAUGCACAAGAAGCUUUAAAUAAGGCAAUGAAAAAUGGAGUACAAAUUCCGGAUGAGAAACCAUUCGAUUCAAACUGCAUUACGCCAGAUAGUUGUUGGCAAGGAUUACGGAUAUAUCUUUCUGGCCACAAUUGUCCUGGGGAAGGUGAACAUAAAAUAAUGGAUUUUAUACGUAGUGAAAGAAGUCGUUCUGACUACGACGCUAACACAAGACAUUGUCUUUAUGGCCUUGAUGCAGAUUUGGCAAGUUUCUUUCAUAUAAUGCUGGGAAUAUGUUCACAUGAGCCUCAUUUUGCUCUAUUGCGGGAAGAAGUGAAAUUUGGACGACAGAAAAGUCGUAUUGGGAAGCAUAAAACGAGAGUGGAUGAAAUAACAUUUCAUUUAUUGCAUAUUUCUUUACUCCGAGAAUAUCUUUCAUUGGAAUUUCACUCACUAAAGGAUAAACUGUUAUUUGAUUACGAUUUGGAGUCGGUGAUUGAUGAUUGGGUUCUUAUGAGCUUUCUUGUUGGUAACGAUUUUAUACCUCAUCUUCCUCAUGUUCAUAUACAUGAAGAUUCUUUACCACUUCUUUAUGCUGCCUAUAAUGAAGUAUUACCUCAGCUGGACGGUUAUAUCAAUGAAGCGGGUGUUUUAAAUUUAAAGCGUUUUGAAAUUUUCUUAAAAAACUUUGCAAAAAAUGAUAGAAAGAAUUUCAUCGAACAAAUGGAUGAUGAAGCAUAUCUCAGUUCGAAAAGAACAUCAAAUGCUUGGCGAAAUAGUGCUUUUAUUUCUCGUAACAACCAGCAAAAUUCCGAUGAAAAUUUGCAGCUGUUCGAUCCUUCAAACGUUGAAGAAGCUGAAAUUACUAAAAAAGAUUCUCAUAAAGGAGCAUUCGAUUCGGACAGUAAUGCUUCUGACGAAUGUGAAAAAAUUAUUGAUCCAAGGAUUUUAACUGCUACUGAAGCAGUGUCUCAUGGGUAUUUUGGUCUGGACAAAGAUUCGGAUAACGACCUGCCAUCCUCCUUAUUAAAUGACGAAAGCUGUGAAAAUGAUUGUGAUUUGUGUUGGACUCCUGUGGUCAACCGGGCUUUCAAGAAUCACAAGCGUAAUUAUUAUAACGAUAAAAUGAACUAUAACAACAUAAGUAAAGAAGAACUGCGUGAACAGGCGGAAGGAUACAUUCGUGCAAUUCAGUGGAAUUUGCAUUACUACUAUCAUGGAUGUUGUAGUUGGAGCUGGUUUUAUCCGCACCAUUAUGCUCCUUACAUUUCGGACAUUUCUGAUUUUGCUGAUAUGGAAAUGAAUUUUGAGCUGAAUGAACCAUUUAAGCCAUUUGAGCAGUUAUUGGCUGUGUUACCUGCAGCUAGUGCCAAUUGUUUGCCACUGCCUUAUCGAGAGCUUAUGAGUGAUCCAAAAAGUCCAAUUAUUGACUUUUAUCCGGAGCAAUUCGAAACCGAUUUGAAUGGCAAGAAGAAUGAUUGGGAAGCGGUUGUUCUGAUACCACUCAUUAGGGAAGAUCGCCUUUUGCAAGCCAUGGCUAUCAAGGAGCCUUUGUUAACCGAUGAGGAGCGACAGAGGAACAUACACAGUUCUCAUCUGCUAUUUAGUUAUGACCCCUCAUCAUCGCAUGUUUUGAAAUCGACAUUUCCCGACACUUUUCCAGAUAUUCAAGAAUGUACUGCAAAAGUAGAAGAAAUAGGAAUGAAUCAAUUUCGUAUACCACACAAUCAAAUAGUUCAUGGCCUGUUACCUAAAGUUAAGCUGGAUGUUGUAUUUCCUGGCUUUCCUACGAUGAAACACAUACCUCAUACUGCUGCGCUUCAUUUUGCGGACAUUAGAGUCUUCCAACAACCAUCUAAAAAGCAGUCGAUGAUUCUUAAAAUUUCAAACAGACCGGAACUCGAAAAGGACAUGAUGGAUAUAGCAUUUGAUUUAAUUGGAGAAGAAGUACAUGUGAAUUGGCCCAUACUUCAAAAGGCUUUGGUUCAGGAGCUAUGGACUGCCGAUAAAAAAUACAGCAAAAAUGCUAACCGAGAAACUAUUUGCGAUAAUCUUUCGGAAGAGGAACAAAAUAUGUAUAGUAGUUACGUCAGUAUAACUCGAAGAAACGAGUUCGAAAGGAGAGGUAUUGAUGCUGGUGAACAGAAAUGUUUGGCUUUAGUUCGAAUAGCUCGAGGAUUGCGGAAGUGUUUCGAAGAGCAAAAAAUGGUAAUCAAGCGAUUUUAUGGUGAUACCGAUAGUGCAAUUCCUGUGUCACUUUCCCUUGUGGUACAGAAUGUGCUGGAAGAUUGGGAUUCGAUUUGUGCCUUUGAAGAUGUGUAUCCAAUUAAUGCCCAAGUUUUCAUUUCUUCCGCUGAAAGUAAAUACUAUGGUUUUUGUUCAUUUAUCAAGGAAAAUCAUCUGGCAACAAAAGGGACACUUACUGUUUCGUGUAAAAUUCCAUCAACAGCGGAUAUGAGCUUCUAUGAUAUUAUGGCAAAUUAUGAUAAUUAUGCUUUAAAAUGGUACAGCGCACAUGAAGUAGCAAGAUUUUUGCGUACUACGGUUGACGUUGUUAGUCGUAUCACUGGUUGUGUCUACGUUUUAUUGGAUGAAUCCGAUUCGGUUUCAUCAAAAAUUACUCCGUCGGCUAAAGUCAACAUUGGUCUUGAAUUGAAAUUCACAAAAAGAAAGCAAAUUGUGCCAGAUUUUACACGUCGUUCGUCGGAGGGACAUUUUUUGUAUUCGUCAAGAGCGUUCGAUAUGAUUCGAAAUUACAAAAUAAAGUAUCCCGGACUAUUCGCAUAUCUUGAAAAACUAGAUAACUUUCAAGGACAUAUUCUUAUCCAACAGAUAUUUCCGGAAUGUAAGAAAGAAAAAUUAAAUACAAAACUUGAAGAAUUGAAAGAAUUUUUACAUACUAUUGCACCAAAGGAAGCUCUAGAAUCAGCUGACGAUAUUUUUGUGGACUCCAGCAUUUUGAAGGAACUCGAAAAAAGGACACAGAUCGUUAUGUCUAAAAACGCAUCAAAACAAAUAUGCAAACGACUUGCGGUAAAGCCUCGUGCCAUUUUUAUGGCGGAACUAUGCAAAGGAAACAUUAUGCCAGAUCCAAAAGCUGAAUUUCGCUUACUAGAUCGAGUCAUUUGUGUCAAAAAACUCCAUGCAGCACCAUAUGGCGAAUAUGGUACUGUUAUUGGAUUGCUUACUACAGGAUCGGGGAAGAAGAUCGAUGUGUUGUUUGAUAAACCGUAUUUUGGCGGUCAGAUUAUGCGAAGUAGCAAAGCAAGCGGAGCUCGACUACCGAUGUCUUCGUUGAUUAACAUAACACAUGGGAAACGAUUGCGAAAAGAAAUUCCAAUGGAAAUAUCUGCUUCGAAAAAUGAAGGGAAACCAAAGAACUCCCAAACAUUAUAUUCGUGGUACGGUGGUGAUUCUAUAUUUGAGACUGAACAACAAUCUUCAACUGCUCUUAUCUAUGGUGCUGAGGCAACAGAAGAAAAGAGUACGGGAGUGCUGAGUGGGAAAUGGAAGCCAAAAGCUAGGCCUCCACGUACAUUUAUGAAUAAUUUAUUGCUUUCUGAACCUCAGGAUUCAGAAGGAAAAGGAAAAAUAUUUGGAAGUAAACCAAGUAUGAAUGUGGUUCGGCGCUCGGAGAAAAAAAGAGAUGGGACAAACUUUAAAAAAAUGGAAGAUAAUAAUAAAGUGAGGAAAAGUGGUGAUAUUACCAAAGUUUCCUCAAGCAGUGGUUUUAACCAACAUUGGAAAUAUGGUUUGUCAGAAGAAGUUUUUGGGUUGGAAUCUAGAGGACAAAGCUCAGCUCUUAAUAAUUCUACAUCCAACAAAUCAUUUCGAAAUCAGGAUAAGGCCUGGAAUUCACUGGAGCAGUCGGAAUUAAAUGCUAGUAGAAAUACAGGUUACGGACAGGCUGGAUUGAAUGCCAGUAAUGUUAUUUUUAAACAGUGUGAUUUUGAUAAAAUUGGCAAUAGGCUUACUGGAGAUGUGGCAGUUCGUGGUGGUGAUGGGAAAACAAAAAGUCCGAAACUGCAUCAUGGAUAUACGCGAACAUGGUUUGGGUGUCAGCCUGCGAAAUCCAAGGAUUAUCUUUCAUACUCUCAUGAAGAGCAGUCUAGUUCUAAAUUCACUGGAAUUCAGGAGCGAAUGUUAUCGGAGAAAAAAACUGACAUAACUGCAUCUCCUGCACCAAUCAUUUUGCUUAGGAAAAACAAUUCGCAGGAUUUGGAGAAUGUGAUAUUGUCAGCUACUACCGAAAAAACGAUGAAGUCCGGAGAUAAAAAACAAAAAACGACGACAUUCCAGCAGAGUUGUACUAUUGAUGAGUUAAUGAAACAGUUUAGUAAACAACGAUUAAAUACCUCAGAAGAAUCAGGUAAUAUGAGUGGACCGUCGGCAGCAUGUUCGUCACCUAAAUCGAUCUCAAAAAGGAAAAUUCUAUCACGAAGAUCUGAACAGAUGGAUUGUGUACAAAAACAUGAUGCUCCUAAUAUUUCUUCUAUUAUUUCAAGAUCAGCUACGCGAGAUGAUGCGAAGGAAACAGAUAGACCUGAAAGUUGUGCAGAAAAUUCGUGUGAUAAAAAUUCUAUUGUAAAUAUGCCGAGUUUUAUAGCGUCUUCAGAUGUUUCUAGAGUGAAUAGAAGGCCUCGAAAAUCUCGUGUAGUUGCAAAUUUGGGAUAUAAAAGUGGACAGUUACGAGGAGAAUAG